CCAACUUCCAAGCAGCCAUAACUUCAAAUUACCCAGAGUCGGAAUAAUAGUUAGUCCCUGGUCACUAUCACUGUUAGCCAGUCCAUUGUACUCGAGCGCCGGCUUCUCCCAGCAGCCAGCAAAACUUCUGCAAAAUGGUACAAAGAGCAUGGAGAAUCAUCCCAAGGCCACUACUGGAGACCAUCCUCAACAACCACGCCCAACAUCACCGCGUGCCACAACCCCUCAUUCUCCACGGUCCUCGUGGCGUUGGCAAAACCACCCUCAUCCUUGAACGUUUGCUGGAUGAUUGGAAUACUGGACCUCAUGUAACAGGGUAUGUGGACUUUGCAGAGAAUAUUAAAGAUCAGCACCCAAAGUAUGGUUGUUCAUUUCCAUGGGCAUCAUGGUCAAAUUGUCAGCCGCAGCCGGCUCUUUUGUCUCUCAGAAAUCAGCUUGAAGAAAGCCUUGAGUCCAUGGUUAUAAGGGGUAUAAAGCUGGGUAAAAUUAGUUCGCAUCAAAUAUUUACUACUAUUAACAAAUGGCAUAAUCCCACUACAGCAAUUGAAAGGAUUUGUGGGUUGAAUGUCAUUAAUAGUUUAAGAAUUAACUCAAAAAGGGACGUCGUGAAAAGGGAUGAUUCUGAGAGGAGUAAAAGGAAGGUAUCUGCAGUUGCUGCUGCUAGUUCUUUGUCUAGUUUAUUGAAUUUGUGGGAUAGGGCUGUUUUUCAGCUAUCUGUUCGAUUAAAUGCCAAAGAGAGUUUUGGGGGGGAUGUGAGUUUGAUGGAGGAUUCGUAUUAUAGGGAAGCAAUGGCUGCAUUGGAAUUGGCUAAGGAGGUUAUAAAAGUGCAGCAAGGGUGGAGAGCUAAUGCUAUUAAGCAUUUAAAUGAGACAGGUGGCUUUUCAAGGCCUUUAGCCCAUUCAGCAACUGAUUGGCCUUGUUUAUUGCUUGAAUUAUUGUCUUCUGCUGCUGAAGUAGGUUACUUUCAGCCAAAGCUGGUGAUAAACAACAUUGAUGUCCUAAAGAAUGCAGUUUUGACAGAUGAUACUACUGUGAAUGCAUCCAUGUAUCAUGACAGCUUUAUAUGGAGGACUAUAGCUCUGUGUGUGAAUGAGAGAUGUCUUCCUGUGAUUCUUGUGACGUCAGAUAGCUACUACUCUUACCAAGCUUUUAUUGAUUAUGGAUUUCCAGAUAUUUUCAUCUCUCGUGAGACAUUUGGGUGGACUCCAGCAGAAGCCAAUAUGCACAUGGUUGAUGAUUACUUUACUCAAGCUGAGUGGAAUUUAAUUGUUGAGACCCUAGGGCCAAGUUCGCGGCACCUUUUUGAGGUUUAUGCACUCAAGCUUAGUAACUAUUACAAUAAGGUCACGGAUGAGAAAGGUAGCACCUUUGAAGACAUUGUGGAUGCAUACUUGGCAUAUCUGCAAUUAACUGUAGUUGAUCCUGCGAUGGAAAAAGCACUUCUUCACUUGCAAAAGUUUGCAUUGGAUGCACAAAGUGGAAAGGUUUCAAAAGACAGAUUGCGGUUUGGUGCUCCCUGGAGACAUCCUCCACAUACAGACGAUCCUUCCAUAUGCCACCAGUGGGCUAAGAUUCAACUGCUGGACUUUGUUCAAUCUCUAGUCAACACAGAAUUUGGGGUUAACUAUCUAGCUGACUGUAGUCUGGAGAUCUUGGAUGAUCCUUCAGCUGUUGCCUUGCUAGAGGUUGGUUUGCUUUAUGCCCAACGUGACCCUUCAUUCAUUCGCCCCAUAACACGUGGUAUCCAGAGAUGCCUUGUGAGAUGGCUUGUUCAGCAGCGGCUACAAAUGAAUUUUAAGGAAUCUGUUGAGUACCUUUGGCAAAGAAGUGUAAGGGGGCGCAGUUAUCGCCAUUUGAUGUUGCAAAUACGGUAAAACAUGGAUAUGACAGGUACUUGUUAUCUUCUGUUAAUAAAGGUAUACUUUGUACAUUUCUAUGCGCUUUGACCUAUGUUUAUGAAUUGCAUAGGCCUGAUUAUGUGGUUAACCAUAGAUUUAUAGUCGUCAUUCUUAGUGGCCAAAGCUAGCACUUCUCUAUUUCUUGGUGAGGCAAAAAGCAAAAAUAAUAACUCAAGACAAUUUGUCAAGUCCCAGGUUAGUCCCUGAAGUUUCUUUUUUAAACUUCCCAGGCCCUGUUCAGCUAUGUUAACACAGACUGUUCUCCCAAUCCCAGAGCACCUGUUUCAACAUGACACAACUCAGGUGCCGGAUAAAUGUCUGAAACGGUCAGACUCCAUUGGGUGCAUUAAUAAUGUUUGAGGCUUAUGGCUGCAUCAACUGCUAUUCACCACUGUUGUUGACGUUGGAGGGGAAGAAUUAAUCUACAGUUUGUUGAGAUUGGAAGAGGAUGGAGGACCGAUUGGAACUAAAAGUGAUGUGCCAGCAUGGAUUCUACUAUUAAAUCUGUCUACUGAUGGGAAUAUGGCAUCUGUGGUGAUGAAAUUGAUUGCACGAUGCCUCACUAGGGGAUUUUGGAGGGUUCAAUUCAUGUAAUCAAUGAGAUCAUCAAUGAGACAUGAUGGGAUGCUACACGGAAAGAGGGGAAGAUGAAG